CAAAAAAAUAAAGUAUUUUUAUGAUACUUUAGCGAUGCGCAUAUUAAACAGAGCAAGCGACAUCUUGCGCUCAAAUUUGUUAAAGCGCUACCUAUGUACGACAAAGAGCUAAAGCUGUUCACAUUUCGUUUCGGCAUUGAUAUUUUGACAUUAUUUUGACAGAAUGCUUAUUGUCUGUAUAAAUUUAUGUUUAAAAGGGACUUAUCAAAUUAACAUAUUUAAUAAAAGUCGGGAAUCAGGAAAUCGAAAAACUUAGUUUUCGAAUAAUUUUGUGUUAUUUUCAUAAAUUUGUAAAAUAUUGUCACGAAUCUAAUACAGUACUUGUAAAAUGUUUGGUACAUUGAAUACCUAUCUGUCUGGCAUUUCAAGAUGCUGGACCGCAACCGAUGGUGCCAGCUUAGCGUCUUUUUUAUCGUUGAAAGAUAAACAUAUAAUGAAUAGCAAUCUGUGCUUGCAGAAUCCUGAAAAUGCUGUAGAAAAGGUAUUGGACUCACCAAUUGAUGAAUUAGUGUGUACACAUCUAAAAGUUCUAUACUAUUUGGACAUUGAACCUCGGAAUUUUAUGGAGGCCUAUAAUAACCAAUGUCAAUGCGUUCAAGCGAUAGUCAAGCUUUUGCAGUAUUUGAAAGAUGAAAAUUGGUGUUUGCCAGUUAUGUAUACAGUAUGUGGAGAUUUGCGUGUUUUAGCGCAUAGAUGCGAAGAAAUGAAUAACAGUUUAAAACCUGGUGAAAUUUUAGAAAAGGCUGCGGAUUGUCUUAUGAGUUGCUUUCGUGUUUGUGCUGCUGAUAAUCGAUGUUCUGAACAAGACACAAAACGGCUUGGAAUGCUGAACCUUGUCAACCAAUUAUUCAAAGUGUACUUUCGAAUUAAUAAGUUACAUCUUUGCAAACCGCUGAUAAGGGCAAUUGAAAGUAGUGCAUUUAAAGAUUCAUUUUCUUUGCCAGAGCAAAUCACUUACAAAUAUUUCGUAGGACGUAAAGCAAUGUUCGAUUCAGACUAUAAAAGUGCUGAUGAGUACCUCUCAUUUGCAUUUAAGAAUUGUCCAGGAAAUUUUUUACGUAACAAGCGUCUUAUAUUAAUUUAUUUAGUACCUGUUAAAAUGUUGCUUGGCUUUAUGCCAAAAAAAGAAAUUUUGGACCGUUAUGAUGUACUUCAAUUUUAUGAGCUAUCAUUAGCGUUGCAGGAGGGAAAUGUACGAAAGUUUGAUGAUAUUAUACAACGGCAUGAAAUAUUUUUCAUAAAAUGUGGAAUAUAUUUGUUAGUUGAAAAGCUAAAAUUUAUCGUAUAUAGAAAUUUAUUUAAAAAGGUUUAUCUCUUAAAGCAAGUUCAUCAAUUAGAUUUAGCCGAUUUUUGUGCGGCGCUGCAAUAUGUGGGUGAAAAAGAUAUGACAAAUGCUGAAACUCAUUGUAUUGUAGCUAACUUAAUUUAUGAAGGAAAAAUAAAAGGCUAUAUUUCGCAUAGCCAUAAUAAACUAGUUGUAUCCAAACAAAAUCCUUUCCCUCCACUGAAUACUGUUUCCUAAAAUCGAAUUUUUAACUUUAAAUAUUUAAUAAAUCUAUGAAAAA